AUGGCGCCUAACAUUGCAGAGUCGCAGCAUCUGCUGAUUCGAGACAUGAUUCUCAGCAAGUCACAGGAUGGAGUAUCACCCAAGGAUGACAAAAUCGCAGCGACCACCGGUUGCUCAACCCGUACUGUACGCACGAUCCGAUCGAACCUGCGUCGUUUCGGAACCACGCGAGCGCCACCUAAUAAAACCGGUAGGCCCAAGACCAUCACACCUAAUAUGUUCACUGCCCUUUCCGACCGGCUUGCUAAUCGUCCCUGGAUGCGCCUGACCGAUAUGGCCGCUUUUCUUCGUAAGGAGUUCGAUGUUGAUGUGUCCCGUUUCAGUCUCAGCAGGGCCUUGAGGUCUGCUGAGUGGCGUAAAAAGGUGACUCGAAACGUAGAAAAGGAACGUAAUGCGGACCUGCGAGAGGAACAUGUAUACGAAAGAUCCGAGUACCGUUCAUACCAACUGGUUUUUAUAGAUGAGAGCGGCUGUGACAGGAGUAUCGGGACCAAGCACAAAGGCUGGGCUCCUCGAGGAGUUACCCCUAUACAGGUCAAGAGAUUCCACCGCGGUCGGAGGUUUCAGAUCCUUCCCGCGUACAGUCAAGAUGGAGUGAUUCAUUUCCGGGUCUUUGAAGGAUCGACCGAUAGUGAGAUCUUUGAGAAUUUUGUUGAAGAGCUUCUGCCAUACUGUGGCAGGUGGCCCGAGCCUAGAUCGGUGCUGAUCAUGGAUAACGCCACAUUUCAUCACUCGGAGAAGAUCCAACGUUUGUGCGAUGAAGCAGGCGUGGUGCUGAAGUUCCUGCCACCCUACUCGCCUGACUUGAACCCAAUCGAGGAGUACUUUGGGGAACUCAAAACGUACAUCAAGCAGGUUUGGGACGAGUACGAGGAUGUGAUCCGACACAAUUUUGGGCUUUUCUUGGAGGAGUGUGUUCGGACUGUAGGCGAGCGACAAAUGAGCGCUCGGGGCCACUUCAGACGCGCGGGGAUCUCCAUUGAAGAACAGCCGAGUUGA